AUGAUUCUUGGCCGGACGUGGGAUGCGGCUUUCCUGGUCGGACGGCGCGAUCGGCCGUGGUACGUGAGUUGUGCCGCACGGCCGCGAGGCGUUGCUUCCCGGCUCUCACGUUGUGAUCAUGCGCGGCAUUGGCUGCGUGGUUCUGACUUGGCCGACCGCGGGACGUUGCUCCCCAUGUCGGUACGUGGGCUCGGCCGUGGUUCAGGCGGGAUGGACGUGUUCGGACUUUGGCCGACCGUGGAACGUUCCUCGGCCGGCCGUUCUGCACGGCUUAGCCGCGGUUUCUCGAUAGAGCCGCCUGGACCAGUCCUUGCUAUUUUGGCCAUAACUCCUUUUCUACUCAUCCAAUUGAGGCCAUUCCUCUUGCGUUGGAAAUUUAACUCACUCAGAGCACGCAUGGAACUGGUCUUUAUGAAAUCCAUUGAGUAG